AUGCCAGCAUUUAUUACCGCUAUGAAGCGCGCGGCGACGAGCUUCAACCCACCUACCCUUCCAAAGGACGGCACUCCUCUCAAAUUCGGGAUUAUAUCUACGGCCGACAUCUCAAUACAAGCUCUGAUUCUUCCAGCGAGGAGUCAUCCCGGCGUGGAGAUAUACGCAAUCGCCGGCAGAAGUCUAGAGAACACAGAAAGGUUUGCAAAGAAACACGGAAUCAAGAAAGUAUAUGGCGGAAAGGAUGCAUAUCAAGCCCUCGUUGAAGACCCUGAGGUAGACGUUGUGUACAUACCAUUACCCAAUAUCAUGCACUACGAGUGGACGAUGCGGUCUUUGAACGCGGGUAAACACGUUUUGGUUGAAAAGCCGAUUGCUAUGAGAUCCGAAGAAGCGCGAAGGGUGCAUGAACUUGCAGAAGCAAAGGGGCUGGUGCUCAUGGAAGCCAUGCAUAUUCGGUUCCAUCCUGCUGUUGCACGGUUGAAAGAAAUCAUCGCGCGAGGCGACAUAGGUGCCAUCAAACAUAUAUCGUCAACAAUGUUUCUGCCUAGCCUCGCAGGUGCCCUCUAUACUGAUGAGAAAUUUGCUUUGGGGAAGGGAUGUAUGAUGGAUGUCGGAUGCUACGCUAUCGAGAUAAUUCGUCUUGCAUCGUCCUCGGACCCCAUAGCGGUAACAACCGCAGAGUUCGAUAAUGAUGUCCACCACGUUCAUAACAUGGAUGACAACGCCCGUGGCACUCUUCAACUCCCUAACGGAGUGACGGCGGAUUUUGCCAGCAGAAUCUCUGUUCCACCUAAAUUUGGGAUUAUCCCAAAACUCAAUUUCGGCGUGGAAGUUGUGGGUGACAAGGGAACCGCAAAGUUGACCGAAUACAUGAUUCCCCAGGUGUAUCACUCGAUAGUUGUCACUGAUACUGCUGGGAAGAAAACGGUACACAAAGCAUACACCUUUUCAGACGGAGAUGGCACGAGGCCAGUUGGAGAACCCUGGUGGUCUACAUACAGGCACCAAUUGGAAGCGUUUGUGACUAAGAUCAAAGGGAAUGAACCCAGAACCUGGAUGACGAAGGAGGACUCGAUAACGGUUAUGCAGGUGAUUGAGCAAGUUUAUGAGAAGCCCCCGGAUAGCGAUCUAUCCCUCGAUGCGUGA